CGAACAAGGGAAUCCCGAACCAUGACGGACCAUAGGAGAUACGCAGGAGAUAAGUUGCCCAGAGCGGACUGUACCGAAAUUAGACGAGAAAGGAGAUUCCCGUAUGGCCGGUGGCAGCUCGUUGCUUCCAAAAUCAUUCUGGAGGAAAACCUCGAAAAAGAAUUAUCCUCCGUCGCCAUGCUCAGAAAUUUUGUGGACAUCUGCGACAUUCACGCGCAACCCUCAGAUAUGGAUCGAGACAAACCCCGAUAUGUCUGAUCCGCCAUAACUCGUGCUGCCGUGUUGCUGCCAUCCCCCAUGAACACAGUCUACUUUAAAGGAUGGAUCAGACGACCGGUCCUCUUCCCCAGGAGAGCCUUUCCCAUACCUUCGGCGUCAUGUCCGACACCUUACACUACUCGUCGCCCAGCAACUACGUCUCGCCCGCUUAUUUCCCCCAGUCCCAUCAUUCUACGCACAUGCACGCUAUGACGACCUCUCCACGUCCAGAAAGUGGUGCACAAAGGAAGCGCCCAAAAUAUACCCGUAGCAAGACAGGAUGUCUGACGUGCAGGGCGAAGAAGAUAAAGUGCGAUGAGGCGAAGCCCAAUUGCGUGCGAUGCGUUCAUGGUCAACGAGAGUGCACGUGGCCCGAGGGCGUGCCCGCUCGAAAGAAGCCUACCUCGAAGAGGGAACCUGCGGCAGACAUGAACCUUGAUAUCAGACCGUCGACAGCUGGAUCGUCUAGCGUGUCCGACGCGUCCACCCCUCCCACGCGCGACAUUACCCCUCCUACCAAGCGCGAGCCGAUGGAGGUCAAUAUACCUAGUCUUGCUUCACGUCGCCAUAGCGAGCCGAUGUUGCAGUUACCCACCGUAGCCACUGAUGCUUCAGCAGCCCGUCGCACAAGUCUAAUCUCCUCAUCUGCCCCUUCACAUGCAUACCCCCUACAUCCUAGCGCACAUACCCAGAUGCUUCCGGCAAUCCCUGAGUUCUCUACAUCAUAUUCCGCGCAUCAAUCAUACCACAGCGCUUAUCCUGUCAACUCUCACCACAUGCAGACGCCCUCACUUGUUCUUCCGCGCGCUACCCCACAUCAUGGCCAUUUCUCCUCUCAACGACACAUAGAUGUGUCAUCUAAUACUCCAUCGUGGCCAGCUCCGCUGAUGCAACCCGACCCCCUGGAACCCUAUUUCACGUCGGUCCAGGAGAGAACCUUGAUCCGUCACUACUGCGACAACGCAAUGAGCAUCAUAAUGGCCUUUCCGCAUGAGAAUCCAGUUGUGGCUGCCAACCUCCAGUUUGUCUUCGACCACGUCGGUGGGUCCGACUCAGCCGUAGAAUCGUUACGAAUGGCACUGUUGGGUACUGCCGCCGUCCACCAAUCAUUCAUGUUUUCGCGUGUCGGCCAGCGUGGCGCAGAUGAAGCGAUGCAACUCGCUCUCUCGUUCCGCAACAAAUCGAAGCGUCUACUUGCUGCUGCGUGUUCGACCUCGGACGGUCUCCAGAGUGACGUCGCGUUGGGGGCCGCGGUCGCCAUAGUACUCAUUGACAUCUUUUCCGCCGGGCAGAAUUGGGCUGCGACCCUUAAUUUGGCCAAGUCGUUAAUUCACAUGCGAGGAGGUCCCGCUGUCUUGCUGGCUCGAAGUCCUCAUUCGAAACCUGGUACCGUCAGCGGUGUGUGGCGUGCUCGUUUGCUGUUGGAAAUUGUGGCGGUAUAUGAGCUAUUCGGAUGUUUGGCAAACGGGCAGGAGCCCACCCUCCUAUCGCCUAACGUUAGCAGUUGGUGGGUCGAAAAUGCGAAUGCGAACGACUCGCGUUCAUAUGUAGAAAAGGUGUUUGGGAUGUCCCGUCAGUUGAUACCCCUCUUAGCCCGGGUGAUUGCAUUCGUCGCUCGUGUACUUCACAAGCGUUCGAGGAUCAAGGAACUGGGCGACACCAUGACAGAUGCUGAUGACGCGAACAACGCUCGUGCACUGUAUGCCCUCCUAGACAACUGGACAGGGCGCACAGAGAACUCGCCUCCCCGAAUUACCAUGGGUGACAGUGUGUACCGCAACGUCGCGCAGAUCAUGUUACUACGAGAUGUCCUUUGUCUGGGACCGGAGGAUGCCCUCGUGCAACAGCAUGCCGAUACCGUACUGUCGCUUUGUAUGGAUUGCGGUCAAUGCAGGAUGAGUGUCGACCUCAACUGGCCUGUGAUCAUUGCCGGGUCGCAAGUUUUCGGUUCGAAUCGAGCUCGUGUCCUCUCUAUCUUCCAAUAUUUCAGGGCUCAAUGUUGCUACGAAAUCGAAACUGCUGAACACAUCGUGCUUCAAGUCUGGAAACGACUAGACGAAAAAAUGCCAGGGGCUGACUGGCGAUCUGUGCUGUCUGAUCACGACCUUAGAGCGCUCAUACUGUAGAUAUGAGUGCCUGUGAUAACGUAACGACGUGUAUGAAUGCUGACCACGAAUGUUUGCCUAGUAGAACACAGUGGGUUCUAGUGGAUGUAUAUAAGUGUUGUUCCAAUCAGAAACAAAUAUGAUCCGACAUUA